AUGGAUAGAAAUGCCUUUCACACUUUAGUUCUCUUAACUAAAGAUAUUGGAGGUCUGACUGAUAGUAAAAGUAUGUCAUGUUGUGAAAAAUUAGCAAUGUUUUUAAAUAUCUUGGCUCAUCAUGAGAAAAAUAGAUCCAUCAAGGUUGAUUAUAUUAGAUCAGGAUGGAGCAUAAGUCAUGCUUUCAAUGAAUGCUUGAGUGCUAUUCUCAAACUAACUCCAUUGCUACUUGUUAAUCCUAAACCGGUACUUGAGGAUGAGAAUGAAGAUCAAUGGAAAUGGUUUGAGGUAGAUAACACUAUAAUUUAUCUUAAAGGGUGUUUAGGUGCGCUAGACGGUACUUACAUUCCUAUUAGAGUUCCAAUCCAACACAAACCAAGAUAUAGAACAAGAAAAGGAGAGAUAACAACUAAUGUUUUGGGAGUUUGUGAUAGAAAUCUCAAUUUUACUUAUGUGUUACCUGGAUGGGAAGGUUCAGCUGCCGAUGGUCAUGUAUUACGAGAUGCUAUAGUACGAAGGAAUGGUUUGAAAAUUCAUGAAGGUAACUAUUAUUUGUGUGACGGAGGAUAUACGAAUGGAAAAGGAUUUCUUUCACCUUAUCAAGGUUAUAGAUAUUGGUUAAAGGAUUGGCGCGGUGAUAAUCCAUCGCCUCGUUGUAAAGAAGAGAUUUUCAACAUGAGGCAUGCUAGAGCUCGUAAUGUAAUUGAAAGGGAAUUUGGUUUGUCGAAAGGACGUUGGGGAAUUCUUAAAAGUCCUUCAUGGUACUCUGUUAAGGUUCAUAACAGGAUCAUUAGUGCUUGUUGUUUGAUUCAUAAUAUCAUUCGUAGAGAGAUGGAAGUGGAUUCCUUAGACAUUGAUGUAGAAGAACAAAUGAAGUAUCAACACGAGAAUAUUAAUGUUGUUGAAUCGUCAGAGGAGUGGACCACUUGGAGGGAUGAGUUGUCCCAAUCAAUGUGGAAUGCAAGAUUUUAAAAUUGACAUAUUGCUACAUUUUGAAAUAUGUUGCUACUUGUUAGCUAUAGAACCUUUUUGGACUUUAUUUGCUCUUUAGAACUAGCCUAAUAUAAAUUGUUGAACUUCCAGAAAGUUCUGUUUUUUGUGACCUUAAUUGCACGCCC